AUGACUAAAUACGCAUUAAUCACGGGCGCUUCAUCAGGAAUCGGUUACAACUUGGCCAUAGAAUUACUGAAACGCGGUUACAAGGUAAUUGGAUGUUCACCACCCCAAGUGAUAUUUGAGCAAAAACCAUUGGAAGAAGAAUAUGGCCUCAUCUCCAUCCCCUUAGAUAUCACUAAUGUCGAAAACAUCAAAUCUGUUCAUGAAGAAGUUAAAAAAAUCACCAAUAAUCAAUUAUCCAUCCUUUACAACAAUGCCGGUAUCUCCAUGGCUGGACCGGCUAUUGAAAUGGACGAAAAACGUUUGGAUAAACUUUUCCAAGUCAAUGUCCUUGGUCACAUCAACAUGACCAAAUGGUUUGCACCAAUGGUUAUCAACACUAAAGGUACAAUUGUGUUUACAUCUUCAAUUGCCGCUAGAGUCCCACUUUCUUGGGUGUCCGCUUACAACUCCACUAAAGCUGCCAUUGACGCUUAUGCCUUAACCUUACACGGUGAAAUGGCUCCAUUUGGCGUUAGAGUCCAUUCAGUAAUCACCGGUGGUGUCGAUACAGCCAUCUGUGAUGCAAAUGUAUGCAGUGCCUUGGGUGAUUCAUAUUAUGAUGUUCCAGGUGUUUACGACUCAAUGAAUGCAUCUGCAAUGAUGAGUCGUGAUGUCAACAUCUCACCUCAGAAAUAUGCCAAGGAAGUCGUGAGAGAUUUGAUGAAAUGGAGAGACCCUGGUUUCAAUUUGUACCACGGAGCUAGAAGUUAUUUUGUUCAUUGGGUUAGUAGGUAUUUGCCCUUGUGGUUGGUGGAAUUUGGUGUACAGUUCCAUUUUAAACAAUUGAGAGUGUUGCGAACUAUUGCCAAAUUAGCUAAAUUGGGAAGAUUCACGAAGAGAGAGCAAUAA